UUGUAUAUAUCAUUACAAAUGAUAGAUCAUAUUGGAAAAUUCUCCUUGUUUCAAAGAACCGCAUUUGUCGUUUAUGACAUUUUGGAUUAUUCAAGUUUUCUAACUAUUUGAUGGGGGAAAUUUGAAUUAAAACGUGUGGCCUUCAGCGAAUGUGAAUAUAAACUAGAUAUUAUAUGAAAAAAUGUUUAUUUACAAAUGACACUUACAUUUUAUUGGUUUUGUGUAUUGCCUCAAUGAAUAUCGGAGUAUCGGCUGUAUACAUUAGGGGAAUUGAAAGCAUGAAUACUGUUUACAUAUUAAAGUGUGUAUUUUGAAGAGCUAAUAUUAAUAGCUGUGAAUAAAUGUGUUGGAUAUUUCUUUAAACAAAAGAAGAUUUUACGCUAAGAAAUGUAACGGAGAAUAGGCAAAAGAUGUACAAUGCAAACUUUGCCGACGGCAGAACAUUCCAGCAAUGGCCGUCACAACAACAGCAGCAACAGCAGCAGCAGCAACAACAACAUCCACCAGUCGCUCCCCAACAUCUCCAACAACAUCCACAACAACAUCCACAACAGCAACCAAUAUCUCGUCAACUACAACAGCAAAAAAGUUCGUCUAUAACAUCUGAUCGGAUUUGGGUAGAUACAUCGAACGAGGACGAAACAAUGCAUCAAAUGUCAGUAUUUAAAACUUCAAAUAAGAGUCAUUUAACUCCCCCAUUAGAUCUCUCAGAGGGACGUCGACACGUGGAGAGUCCACUUGAUUUAUCAGUCAAAACAAGGAAACGAUGCGCAGAUACUACCGAAUAUGGCGAAAUUUCAAGACACAAUAUACUCUCCGAAGCUAAUAUGGCUAAACGUCUUUGCGUGACACGAGACUAUGCUUACCCUCAGGGACAUCCCAAUUUCAACAAGGAAACCUUUCCCGAAAAGACAUUCCAAGGGGAUUCUAUAUCAAGAAAUAAAAUGAUACAGCAGAAACAACUUGCUAUGAGCAAAUUUCCAAAUACAAUGCACAAAGGCAGUUCUCAAGUCAGUCCGUCAGCACUUGCCCAACAACAAUAUGUCGACAUUCAACGACAGCAUAUGAAUCAACAGUCCAAACUUAAUUUGGCUCAAAGCCAGAAGCUUAGAACUGUUCAGUACAGUAUGGGAAAUAUAGCCCCAUCGCAACAAGUGCAUUCAGGAAUACAACAGAAAAGUCAUGUGCCAUAUGAAACAGUAGCAUCAACGGUAAAGAGAACCCAGCAAAGCAUGACAGAAUCUGUUGCUCUAAAGGGUUUCUUCGAACCGACUCAUAAAGUCACCGUUAACGCUGGAAGCACUCAGCAAACAUCUCACUUGCCACAACAAUCGGUUUAUCAAAGACCUCCAGCAGAGCAACGAAUUGUUGGACCAACAAAUAGACAUUUAUCAGGGAAAUCAAGCGAACAUGGUGAAUACGACGAACGUAGCCGUCAAAUGCCAUUUCCGAACACAACAAUGUAUCAAAGACAAGGUUCAGAAAUAAACAGAAAUUUCAGCGGUCAGUCAAGUACAGCGAGUGAAAGAGAAUUGAUUCAACAAAAAACGAUACAAUAUCAGAGGCAACUGCAAGUGCAAAAGUCUCGGGACCAGAUUGCCAUGUUGUCACAAAAGAUGAUGCUAACGCCUCAAGAUCAUCAGCAUCAGAAAAUGGCAUACUUAAUGGACAUGCAAAAACAGAAUGAAAGCCGCGUUUCUCAAUCUCAGUCAGCAGCGCAAGCAAUGUACGGAAGUCGAGCGCAACACUCACCGUAUGCCCAAUCUAGACAGCCGGCCUCUGCAACGGCGUCUUAUCAGGACAGUUUGAGGAAAGACAGAAGCGAUUUUUCUUCUUCGCCACGUUGUAUUCGGGUGGGCCAACCUGUACCGUUGUCAGACAUUCACCAAGAGCACUCGCAUGCUCUCGAACAGGUACAUGCCGUGCAAAAUCGUCCAGAAAUAAUUGCCCAACAACAGCUUGUGGCAGAGGCAAGUAAACUCCGCAGAAGUACUGCAGAAAUAUCUUACACAAAUCAACAAGCUAUGUUAAACGCAGCAAGGAUGCAACAUACAAUCCGCUAUGAGCCUACUGGUAUGAGGUAUGGCAUUCCUAAAGAUGCCAAUGAAAGCUCGGCCAAUUAUAUCGUAAGAAAUGAUCAGAACAAAGCAUCAAUAGCAAUGCAUCAUCCAAGUGUUAUACAGAGACCACAAGGCUUUAUUCCGCCAAGAAUAUUUCGAGGCGGUGCUCGGGCACAAGAGCCAACUACUCAAAGAGUAACAAACGAGUCACAGCAACAGAUUCCUCGCUAUGAUUAUAACAGUGACCAAACAUACAGAACUCGGCAAGAAAUAGUUGGUACUAGGGAAAGGCCAUAUGCUCAGAAACAUGACAUGCUUUCUGGAAAAGAAGUCAUGAAAAUACAACAAAGAGUCGCAGAACAAAGAGGAGACGUUGGUUUAGGUGGCAAUUGUGGGCAUAAUAAAAUUUUUCCAAAAACAGUCCAGCACAGGGACACAAAUGACCAUGCACAAAAUGCAUUAACUGGGCCAUCAAAUAAAAGUUCAGGCAGACGAAGGUCUUUACAAGAUCAGCAGAGCCGCGAAAAUAUUCCAUCUGAUUUUUCUCGGGGUGUGUCCUGUGAUGGCCGCGAAAGAAGUCAUAGCAUUUCAAAAAAUGCUGGAAGCUUUAGUCCUAAUUUAGGGGCUAACACUCAAAAGAAUGAUGCUAGUGUAAAUGAACGUCAAAUGAUCUCAUUAAAGACUUGUCCUAGUGAGAGGUCUAUAACUAAAGGAACAAGUGGACUUACCAAAGGUUCAUCCAAUAUGGACCCUUUUAGUCAGUACUUAAUGCGGGAACUUAAAAAGACAGACGAUGACAAAUCUGUAAAUCCAUUCGCAAAUAGAUCUCUUUUAGACGAAUUUGAUAGAUCAGCAAAUUCCUCUCCUGUUGAUAAAACUAAAAGUGCUCAAGUAGACCAGUUUGAAAAGUUAGACCUUGUCGAAAGGUCUAAAGCAAGUAGCAUUAAGGAAAUGUCGAAAGUUGACACUAAUAUAAGUGAUAAGGAAGACACAUCAUAUACUUUACCAUUACAAAUAGCCAUACCAGGACAUAAAGCAGAAACUUCUUCAUCGGCAACAGUAGCAUCGUCAUGUUUAACAUCAUCAGUUACAACAUCAUCAUCAAUAGCAACAGCACGAUCGAGUGUAAUAGCGAGUUCAAAAUCUGAUACAAAUGUUUCUAAGAAUCCAAAACUUAUGUCGCGAAAACAUAUGAUAUUAAGUGCUUUCCGCCAAGAAGAAGAGGAUCUAAAAAACACAAAUAACACUGUAAAUAUUGAUCAGAAUGAAAAAGUUCCAAUGGAAAGUGCUAAAUACGCAGCAAGAAAAUCGGACAAAGAAUCAAAUCAGCAUGGGUACCCUUCUUCUCCUAAAAUGCCUAUUCUUAGUCCACAAGAGCGUAAUAGAACGACACCACUUGUAAGUCCUGCGGUAGGUGAACCUCCAAAUUUGGAAGAUUCAUCGAAAACAAAUCAAGGGAACGAUUCUUCAAAAAAGGAAAUAAAUAGUUUGGAAGAACAUUUACAUAGACUAAUAUCAGACGCUGUAAAGGGCUCGGUUAACAAAGACAAAGAGUCCGUUUAUGAAUCUGUACGUAGGGAACUUAGCUCCCAGCCGCAAAGUAAAGUAUUCUUAUCAAGGCAAUUAUCGCAAACAAAAAACAUUCCUGUUGCAAAUGUUGCCCCAAUAGUUCACGGUAAAGCGAUAUCAGAUGCUCUCGAAGGACGUGAUAAAACUUUAACAGGUAAAUUCGAUGAUGACUUUGAUGAAGAAGAUGAUAAAAUGGCAGAUAUAGUAACGAGAUCUCUAUUUGGGGACCAAGGAAUUUUUAGUAAAGAAUUAAAACGUGAAAAUGACGAGUCUAUAUCAACGCAACAGGACAAUGAAGCAGAAAGAUCUGAUUCCAAUAUAAGUUUACCGUCGUUCAAUGCAGAAACGUUGUAUGAUGAAAAUAGUAAUUCCAAACGUAUGUCGCCUGGUCUGAAGAAGCUUAUGUUAUAUAGACACAGAGAUACAACUAAUAGCAGCAGUGAGAAAAACAGCGAAACAAUUUCAAAUAUAAACAUAAAGAGUAAAAGUUGGCCAGCUAUGGUUAAGAAUGAAUCUUCGCUUCAUUGCGAGAAACAAGUUAAACAUCAGAAAGGUAAAGGACGAAACGUAUUUGGCGCAUUUAGUGAAAUAGUAGGGCAACAGUCUAAUUCUGAACUGAACCCUAGCGAAUCUGCAAAUGAUAAUGCUACGGAUAUCCAAGGUACCACGGAAAAAGCAAUGCAGUGGACAAAGUUUUACCAAGACGAAUCAGACCGUCGAGAUAUUAUUAUGGUGUCUAAUACUGAUUAUGACGGUGACGACGAACAGGUCCGGGACAGUUUAUUGCAAAGAAAGAACAAACAUUCGAACACAAAACAGCAGGCUGAUCGUUUGAUUAAGAAGGCAAGGCAUCGCAGGAACAGUAAACAAGAAGGCGACCUUCGUUCCCGGCAUGCCUUACACGUGAAGCGGAAGUCACACAGGGGUUUUGUGGAUUUUAUGCCACAGGUUUUGUCUCGGAGAACUCGAUCAAAGUCUUCAGCGUCUACAUCACAUAGACGGAAAGCAAAAACUAGCAGUCCAACUCGCAGACACAGCCGGCGUUCUUCAAGCCAAGACACGAAUCGCGCUGGUGCCCCUCAAAAGACAAGACAACGACGGGCUAGCUCACUCGACCGGGAAACAAAAUCAAAACUCUCUAAAUUGAAAACAAAACAAACAUGCUUUUCGGAUAACGAACUGGAAUCGGAUAAAACAUUCAAGCGUGGUUCUAGUUUACAUGACACCCCAGUAGAUUCUGAUGCCACUUGGCACAAUGAGGAUGAAAGCACGGACGAAGACUAUUUUCAAAAUUAUGAAGAUGAAUUUAAACAGUUUAUACGUAAAGGUGAUGAUAGUCUUAGAUUUAAAAAAGCGCCGGCAGCGAAAAAGAAGAAAGGAUUUCAUUUUAAACAAAAAUACAUCUUUCAAAGGAAACGAAGAAAUAACAAAGGCAGAGGAAGGGGGUUCGAUACAAAUUCUAGAUUUGGUGCCCGUUUAGAUGCUAUCUACAGUUUUCAUGAAGAGAGUCAAGAUCUGGGACAAUUCCAGGAUCCUUCAGGAGACUUGUACCCACAUUGCAACAUUCCUCCUCCUGCAGAUCUAAAACGCGUCACUGUCGGUAAAGAUUCCGGACAAACAGUUCUACAUAGAGCGACGAGAAUGGGCCUGGAGGAAGUGGUUUUAUACUGCUUAGCAACGGGUUCCGUUGAUGUGAAUGCGCGUGACAAUGCUGGAUACACGGCUUUACAUGAGUGCGCAUUGCGAGGCCGGGUUCAAAUUGGCAAGCACCUUCUGACGUAUGGCGCUGACGUCAAUUGUUGUUCUACUGACGGAAUCAGACCUAUCCAUGAUGCCGUGGAGAACGACCAUCUAGAGAUGUUGCGACUUCUUCUAUCAUACGGUGCUGACCCAACUCUUGCCACAUACGCUGGAAGGUCACUGAUAAAAAUUGCACGCUCAGAACGUAUGCUCAAAUUUAUCAAACGAUACAACUGCGACAUCAAUGGAUACCCAACAGACAAUGAGGGAAAACCAUGGCAGUUUAAAAGAUCCAGUACAGUAUUAGAAAGUGAAAGCGGAAGCGGAUGUGCAAUAUUUGACAAUCUCCCGUCUGACCCUGAAGACGAGUCUCAAGAUCUCUGUACAUUCAGUUCUAAGCCACUCUUUAUAACAAAACGUCUAACUCUAGAACCCACUAAACGGGUUGAAGAUUAUCAUUUAUUUGAUGAUGUUUUAGACAGUUUUAAUGUGACCCGAUCAGAAUUCAUGUCACAAGGAACUAGUUCUGGUGUUCGACAUCUAAUCAAGCAAUUCCCCAUUCAAACACUAUUUGACGCUCACCUGGACAGCAUUUAUUAUGAAAAUUUUGCUUCUAAAGACGAGAACGACACCAUCGAAGUCAUAAGAAAAGUAGACUCUACCCAGCUUAUAGCUAAGUUAGAUAAAGAUAGUUCUCCAGCAUCCAAACGUGCUAAGGUUCAGUAGACUCAGUGGGAUGAUAUGAUGAUCUUUAUAACAGAGUGCAAGAAUUUGUUAAAUGACGUCAUAAAAAUGAAAAUGACGUCAUAAUAUUAAAAAAGUCUUAAAUAUGCUUGAAAGAUGUCAUGAAUUAGAUGAUUAUGACGUUAUGAUUAUAUUUUAUGUUAAGUUUUGAAUUAUUUUAUAAACGAUAUGGAGUGGCGUUAACAGACAGUUAUCAAAGUGGUUCUUAGUCACAUGACGUUGUUGCUUGUAGGCUGCUUAUUAUAUUAAAUAGAGGAGGUAAAAUGUGUUCAUUGACGUAUAUUGUAUUCAUCUAUCCAUCAUUGUAAUAUACAGUAUUCCAAAGUCUUUGCUGGUUAAAGACUGUGUUUCCGAAAAGGGGUGUUUCAAAAAUAGUCACAUGAAGAGUUGUAGAUAAAACACUAAAAUUAUUAAACUUUCACCUCUAGAAUUUUUUUUAGUUUUCAGUUAUCAUUUUCCUUUAUUAGAUUCUAAAAAGGAAUAUUUUUAAUUUUUCUUUAUUACUGAUACACAUUUUGUACAAUAUUUUACUUUGAGAAAAAAAUCUUCAUUUCUAUUUUUGUAACACCCUUUUCGUUUAUAUAAAUAAUGAUAUUUGUUUUUUAGUUUUAUAGUGGGCCUAAUGUUUGAAUUGUUGUUUCAAUUUUGUGAUAUGAAUGUCCAUUGUUCUGCAUCCAUGAGGUUUCAUUUUUUUUUUGUAAAUAUUUUGUUAUGUUUUAAAUAUCUUUUAAAGAUAAGGUGAUUUCUAUAGUAUCAGCGGAUAUCACCGGAUUUCACCGAAAUGUAAAUGUACAUGAUCUCUAUUUCCGUGUGUUAUUGAUAGAUUAUUGAAGGCAAAGUACGCAAAAAUAUAAAGAUUGUGUUGGAUUUUAAAUACGAAACAUCAAUAGAAAAUGUAUGUUUAUUAUCAUCCUCGAAACGUUUUGGAGGAGGAGAAAGUUUUGACGAAUUUGUCCUUCCAUUUGUCGCACUUUCUGGACAUAGCACAUUUGCUAAGUGAAUAAUGUCUUUGAUAGUCUGAAGCGCUUGGUGUUUCAGGCCAAGGUCACGGAGGCUAAAAAUAGAUUUUCCUCCUGUGUCUUAUAUACAUGGCCCGUAUUUUAGUUUUUUUAAACGAUACCGGGGACGGCAAGAGCAUUCAAUUGGGUAACAGAUAUACUAAUUUUUCUAAUAGAAUUUAAUGCUUUUAGUUUUUCUUUUUUAAAUUGUACUCUAUCAUACUCAAUUUUGUUUAAGUAAAAUCGUUUUAAAAACAAAUUUUAUAGAAAGUGCUUAUUUUGUUUAAAAGUUAAAUGACAAAAACUGUUUUAGUAUUUCAAUAUUUUUUAUUUGAAAUAAAACUGCGUGCUUAUAAAGCGAAAAAAAAAUCUGAAUAUAAGUAUAUAUUUUUAGCUCACCUGUCACUUUGCGACAGGGUGAGCUUUUGUGAUCACUUUUCGUCCGUCGUCCGUCCGUCCGUCCGUCGUCCGUAAACUUUUACUUUAAAUGACAUCUCCUCAUAAACCACUAAGCCAAUUUCAUCCAAACUUCACAGGAAUGUUUCUUUGGUGGUCACCUUUGAAAAUUGUUCAAAGAAUUAAGUUCCAUGCAGAACUCUAGUUGCCAUGGCAACCAAAAGAAAAAAACUUUAAAUGUCUUCUUCUAAAAAACCCAAAGAGCUAGAGCUUAGAUAUUUGGCAUGACACAUCUUCUAGUGAGUGUCUACCAAGUUUGUUCAAAUAAAAGCCCUGGGGUCAAAAUUGGCUCCGCCCCAGGGGGUCGUUGAUUUUUCCUAUAUGCAUAUAGUAAAAACUUUAAAAUCUUCUUUUAAAGAACCCAAAGAGCUAGAGCUAAGAUAUGUAGCAUGAAACAUGUUCUAAUGGAUGUCUGCCAAGUUUGUUCAAAUAAGAGCCCUGGGGUCAAAAUUGGCCCCACCCCAGGCGGUCAUUGAUUUUCCCUAUAUGAAUAUAGUAAAAACUUAAAAAUCUUCUUUUAAAGAACCCAAAGAGCUAGAGCUAAGAUAUUUAGCAUGAAACAUGUUCUAAUGGAUGUCUACCAAGUUUGUUCAAAUAAGAGCCCUGGGGUCAAAAUUGGCCCCGCCUCGGGGGGUCAUUGAUUUUCCCUAUAUGAAUAUAGUAAAAACUUAAAAAUCUUCUUUUAAAGAGCCCAAAGAGCUAGAGCUAAGAUAUUUAGCAUGAAACAUGUUCUAAUGGAUGUCUACCAAGUUUGUUCAAAUAAGAGCCCUGGGGUCAAAAUUGGCCCCGCCCCGGGGGAUAUUGAUUUUCCUUUUAUGUGUAUAGCAAAAACUUAAAAAUCUUCAUGGAAAAAACCCGAAUAGCUAGAGUGUAGAGAUUUAGCAUGAAACAUAAUCUAGCGAGUGUCUACAAAUAUUGUUCAAAUAAAAGCCCUGGGGUCAAAACUAGCCCUGCCCGAGGGGUGUCAUUGUUUUUAGAUAUAUGUGUAAAGAAAAAACUUAAAAAAUCUUCUUUUAAAAUACCCAACGAGCUAGACCUUAGAUGUUUAGCAUGACACAUCUUCUAAUAAGUGUCUUCCAAGUUUGUUCAAAUAAAAUCCCUUGGGUUUAAACUGGCCCCGCUCCGGGGGCCAAUAUACAGGUGAGCGACUUCAGGGCCAUCAUGGCCCUCUUGUUUAAUUUUAGUAUUUCAAAGAUGUUUGUUUGUUUUAUGAAUGGAAACAUAUUCCUUAUCAUUAAGAUGGAAACAGAUUUUAUUAAAAAUGAAUGAUGAAAGGUUUAAUAACAGGCUUGUACAUGGGAAAUUAUACAUGUAUAAGAAUAUGGAUCUUAAAGGUGUUUAUGCUGUAUUUUAUAUAUUAAAUGUGUAUAGAGAGGGAUAUAAAAACGACAAGAGGGAUAUUCGAGAGGGAUAUACGGAAAGUGAGUGGCACAAGAGGGUGUAAUGAAAGCAGCAUGUCUCCAGAUUCAUUCAAACUUUCGUAAAAUAUUGUUAAGUGAACAAAGAAAGAAAUUUACACGGUACAAACCGCACUUACAAUCCACGUAAAUUACAAAAAAGAGGUCAAAAAAAAAGCAAAAAUAGCCCUUAAUGUGUAAGUUUAUUAGAAAAUGCAAAAAUCUGUCAAAAAUCAUACAUAACAUGUUAAUCACACUUGAAUCUUGUUACUUUUCUUAAAACUUUUGAACACUUUUCUCAAGUUUGAUUCUCUUGAAAUACUUUUGCUCAUCUGGAGGCAUGCAUCAUUCUUUAAGAGGUGUUGAGAUACAUGAACAUUGAUAUGGAGUAUGAGGAAAUUAACGGCAUUUAAUGUUGGCGAAUUUUAAAGAAAAAUAUAUACCCCUAACCUCUCUAAAUAUCUUAAAUGGUCAUGCCUAUCUUUCAAUCUGGGCAAAACCUUGAAUACUGACAGACUAGCGAAAAGUGCAGGCCAUUAUCAGAAGGCGCCGAUGUGCCGGCUAAUAAUGGUCAGUACUGGUCUCAUAUGUAUAUUAAAUCGUCGUCAGGAGAAUAAAGGUAAAUUGAUUUUACUGAAAACUUAUACACUGAAAAUGUGAUCCUUAAUAGGCUGAAAGCGCAAAAAUACGCAUUUGCGGAAAUAACUUCAUGCGCAUGCGUAACACUUAUUUUUCUUUCCGCAUUUUAGAUAAAACAUGAUUCAUAUAUUAUUUCAUUAUAAAUGAGAAAGUGUGCUUUUUGUAUCUAUAGAAUAUUUCAUUUACUAGUUUUGUCAGUAAUGAGUUGUUUCAUCCUGUCGUUAUCAUGAGUGAUGUGUAACAUCGCAAAUAAACAUUGAUCUUGUA